GCGUUUCAAGUCCUCCGUUUCCUAGAAAUACACCUGCUUUUGUUCAACCAAUAGGCUCUCUGACGCGGUUACAUCUCAAGUACAUAAAAGGGUUAAAGGUAAAUUAUUGAAUUUACUUUCAAAGUAAGACGCAUCUUCAAAAAUCAUGGUGACCCGCCGUUCACUUACAAUUGACACUGGGAACGCGACCAAGACGACAUACGUGGUCGGAACAGAGUUGACGGUGAAUUUAAACAGGUGUGCCCCACCACAGUCCAGAUUCUUCUCCAUAAAAUGCUCCCCAAACGUUCAUUACAAGGUCACGCCCCCGACCAAGGACAGGAACACCUCGCCGUACCCCCUCACCCCAAACUCUAUCCUCCUCAUCACCAUGGACACAGUCAGUGAGACUGCGUUUGACAGCAAGUUAUCUGUUAGGUACUAUGGUGAGAAAACGGAGGCUCUUGAGGACGCUUUGCUGCAUCUAACAGCUGUCGAGAUAUCUCUGGACGUAGAUGCCGACCGAGAUGGCGUUGUUGAGAAAAACAAUCCGAACAAGGCAUCCUGGAAAUGGGGUCCUAAUGGCCACGGUGCAGUUUUGCUGGUAAACUGUGACUCCGAGACCUCAUACAAAAAGAAAGUGGACAGUGAGAAGGAUGAUAUCAGUAAAGUUUCGGAUUUGCAGGACAUGUCCAAGAUGAUCUUGCGCACCAACGGGCCGUCUAAACUUCCUGAAGGCUAUAAACUGAGCAUGCACAUCUCGCAGACCACUUCAGAGAGCGUGAGAAUCUUUAGACCUCGGACAAAUGUGCCGAAAGACAACGUGUGGAAGCACAAACUCCUGAAGUUGUUCAUGAAAGAUUAUCUAAUGGUGGUUGGAACAGAUAAGCUGACACAGGAAGUGCCCUAUCAGGGAGGAAAUACUGAACUGAUGUUCUAUGUAGAAGGCCUUCGCUUCCCUGAUAAAGACUUUGAUGGGCUCAUCACCAUCAACCUUAGUCUACUAGAGCCCAGUGGCAAGGAUUUGCCUGAAACGCCCAUCUUUACUGAUAAAGUCCUAUUUCAUGUCUCACCCUGGAUCAUGACCCCUAACACCCUCAAACCUGUGGAGGUCUAUGUGUGCAGCACAACGGAUAACAUCUCAUUCCUGAAGAGCAUAAGGAACCUGGUGGAGAAGAAUGGCUACAAACUUAAAAUAUGUCACGAGUACAUGAACCGAGGUGACCGCUGGAUGCAGGAUGAGCUUGAGUUUGGUUACAUCGACUCUCCCCAUCAUGGUUUUCCUGUUGUACUGGAUUCUCCUCGUGAUGGAAAUCUUCAGGACUUCCCCUAUGAGUCCCUUCUGGGGCCAGACUUUGGAUAUGUGACCCGGAACGCUUUGAAUGAGGAGGUGAACAGUCUGGACUCCUUUGGUAACCUGGAGGUCAGUCCACCAGUCACAGUGAAUGGGAAAAGUUACCCACUUGGCAGGAUCAUCAUUGGUGUGGCAUUCCCUACUGCAAAAGAUGGCCGCAACAUGACCCAAGUCGUCCAGGAAUUCCUGUGGGCACAGAAGGUUCAAGAGCCAAUUGCGCUCUUCUCUGAUUGGCUAAUUGUGGGUCAUGUGGACGAGUUCAUGACCUUCGUCCCAGCCCCUGACCGAAAGAAAUUCCGGUUGCUCCUGGCCAGCCCGGAUGCCGCAUAUAAAGUUUUCAAAAGCUUACAAAACACGGGACACGAAAAAGCGGAAAUGUUUCCAGGGAUGCCAGAGGCCAUUACGGUUAAUGCCAUCCUGAGUGACAAAAAGCUACAGGCUGAAAACCGAUACGUGCAGAACUGCAUUGACUGGAACAGGGACGUGCUGAAGAAAGAACUGGGGUUGGAUGAUGAGGACAUCAUCGAUUUGCCCAUCCUGUUUAAACUGCAAGAAGACGAUAAAACAAGCCCAAGGGCCGUGGCUUACUAUCCCGACAUGGUGAACAUGAUCGUGUUGGGGAACCAGCUGGGCAUCCCAAAACCUUUCGGGCCCCAGGUGAAGGGCCGGUGUGCUCUGGAGACAGAGAUGUGUUCUCUUAUGGAGCCUCUAGGCCUCAAAUGUACCUUCAUUGAUGACUUUGCCCCAUACCACAAACUGAUGGGGGAAGUUCACUGCGGUUCCAAUGUUCUUCGAGAACCAUCCCCUUUCAGAUGGUGGAACCUCGAGCUGUGAGAGAGAGGGAGAGGGAGACUAGGAUGAAUAGAGACCUGUCAAGUGCCUACUAUGUCUAAAGCAGGAUAAAUGGGUGUUUUAACAAGUUCAUUCUAGCAAUAAAUAAAUAGCCUUGUCGUUCAAGCAAAAUGGAAUAAUUCAUCUAAAAAUGUAAACUCUGUCAUCAUUUACUCACCCUCAUGUCAUUCAAGCUGCUCCUUUUGGCAAGCUACCCCACAAAUCAUUCCUGUCACUAUGUACAUGUUCUGAGAUUGUAUAACAGCUUUCUGUAAGGAAUUACAUAUGUGAGCAGAUUAUGACAAUUUUGUGAUCUAUAAUAUCUUUUUAAUAAUUUUCCUCUGGCAACCAGGCCUUGUUUUAGCAGUACAGCUAUUCCUGGGCUGCUUCUGUAUUUCUAAAAUACAAAAAAUAAGGGCUUACAAUUUGGAAUCAUUCUGGAGUGGUUCAAAUGAAAGUUAACCACUUAUGGCAUUAUGAUGCAUUAAUGUUCACUGUGUUGCCUCUUACUAAUAAUGGCUGAGAAAUGUAUUCUAUAUUUGGUGAUUUGCUGUCUUGGAUGAUUUUUCCAAAUAAUGUACUUUUAAAGCAAUAAAUAAACAUUUCAUGAACAACUUUGAUCUUUAUUAAACAUGAUUUCUCUGGUUUCAUUACAAAAAGGAGAAAAGGUCUUAUUUACAGUAAAACAUUUCAUUAAAGUAGCAUAAUAAGCACUUGUAAAAGAACACAAUCACUUGCAGAAAGCAGUCGGUGUUUGUUUGGAAUGAGUUUGUGCUUAAUGUCUGGAGCAUGUGCAAAUGCAUUAUGUACAGUUCGACCAAUCAGCAGAGACUUAGGCUCUAACACAGCUUUAAGUGUGGAUUCAGCUAAUCCAAAAAUAGUUUUCUCUUCUCCAUGUACAGUUUUGUAAGUAUCACCCCUGAAAGGACACCACUAUUAAUGUAAAAAUCCGUAAAAAAAAAAAAUUCUACUGCACCCUUUCAAAUGAAAAGUGAACUGGGAUGUUAGUCGUAGAGUAGAUUAGAGUAUUAGAGUAGAUAUUUUGCCAGUGACUGAUGUUUUUAAUGUCACAGCUUGGUAUUGUUAUAAUUCAUCACAUUUACAGCUCAUGUAAUUG